AUGGCACUUACCCAUAAAAUGAAUCAAGUUGUAUAUAAAUAUACCAAUAGAUAUGCCUACUGUUCAUUCAAAGCCAUGUACAUGGGAGUAGGUCCCCGUACAUUGCCUCAAAACUACCGAAGAGCGUAUUCUAAUCACCCAAGCAUCCCCACCAAAGAGACCAAAGAGACUAAAGAACAAGACGAGCGAAAACAACAGAGAAACGACCAAGAAGAGGAGGGAAUGAAUAACCAAAAGGAAAAUAAGCACGUAAGUAACAGGAGACAGAGAUACAUACAAGCAAGCAAGAUUUACUAA